AUGCCAAUCUACUUCUCAGCACAGAAGCUCAAGCUGACUCCUUUAGAGUCGUGCGAUCUUAUUGAGCUGACUAACUUACAGCCGCACAAUUUGAAAUCCAGGAAGCUAGUAGGACUUCGUAAUGCCGUGAAAGAGCUCUCCCGGAUCUAUUAUCCUUCUUCUAAAGAAUGUGAUGAUUGGAAAACGUCUUGGAAAGAAGGAAAACAUUUCCUCGAUUGUCUCGAUGAAGUACAUUUAGCUGGCACCCGGCCUAAAACUGGAGAAAAUCAGUUCUAUCGUCUUCUAGAACUAUACGAAAAGGGAGAGAGUGUGCUGGGGGAGUUUCUCUCUUCUCUUUCUCCUCCAGUGCUUUUGGACGUCAUUUGCAACAAUAAGGAGAGCGAUUUGGAAAAGCUCCAACAUGACUUGGAGCUUUAUGGCAAGGAGUGUGAAGCUGUACAAGAGCCUCAGUGUAGACGUCUUCGAAAGGCUCGGGAAAGAAGCUCAAAGUUUGCACAGGCUUGGGCUGCUUGGGAUGCACAAGUUUCAGAAAGGAAGCCAUCAGUGACGGUGCCAGCGCCUCCUUCUAACCCCCAAACGGUCUGCAAAGCUAGUCGGCAGCGAAUUGAUCCUACUCUUACUUCUAUCGACAAGAGAAUGGGUCUGCCUUCUCGUGGGUGUAUCUCGAACGGCGAGGCACCUCCAAAGAUAUCGCCGCAAAACCAGCAGCUGGUGUACAAUCUCGCCCAUGCCACUGGUAUCAAUAGCGGACGAAGAACGAGACCACUUCCAAAGCGUCGGCGGGUGGAAGAGGCAUCGGAUGAGCAGAAUUACCCGACGCAAGAAUCGCCAGUGUCGAGCGGCGAGUCUUCUGGAUAUAGCGGACGACCGGCAGAGAGCAAGACCCACGAGAGGGUUAUUUAUGGAAGCUAUACAAUAGGUGGUCCUUCGCCCUCGUCCACAUGUAUAUUUGAUGUUUCCAGCUCGGAGACCCAAAACUGUCAAUCUACCAAGAUGGAGAAUAAAGAGAACCAGACGAUGGCUCAAGAUCGGACGCUAAUGAUCUCCGAUAUUAUUGAGAGCAUUCCGUCACCAGGUACCACCGUCCCGCAGCUUCUUUCGUCGUUGUCCCUUACCUGUACUAGUGAACACGAUGGCGCAGAAGGUGAAAAGACUUUUCCAACUAUUGUCAUAUCCACGCUAAUCAGUGUCAGGUGGAAUCGUUUUCUACGACGAUCGGCGUCAGGUAAUCGCUCGAAAGGCAUUUCUGCUGAAGGCUUUGGAGAAAAUUUGCGUGUCAGCAUCAUUGGUGAUAUCGAAUAA